GCCCCACAUUUUGGAGAACCCAGAGCGGAAAUUCCAAUUCGUUGAAAGAUUCUUCCGAAGGGGGGGAAGCAGCGAAGGGGAGAGGCGAUUGUGCUGCAUAACAAAGUACGCGGCCCCGCGGAUCACUUGCCGCACCACCCGAUAGCUGAGCUGAAUUGUUUGAAGGCCAUAAAACGUGGUGCCCCCCAAUGCCAAUUCGUAAGUAAACGCUGGGGGGGGCCGCUUUCGUUUAUCCCUGCCAAACUGCGCCCCCCCUGUGUGCUCCCAAAAGGGGGAAAGCGGCUCACUGAAGGAGGACCCGCCCAAAGGAGAGUAUACACUUAUAUGAAGGGCAAGCAAAAUGGCAACCCUGGCGGACACAUUUCUGCAGGACCUGGAAGACCUCGAGUUUGAGGAAGAAAGUAGCUUUGCCAACUUUGGCACAGAAAAGAAGGAAGGUGGGCAAGGAGAAGCUGAAAAGGGCAGCCACGUGGAGGAGGCCAAGUUCCAGGAGGGGGACUACGAAGAGAUUGUUGAUGCGAUUGAGGAGUUCCUAAACGAAAAGAUAAAAAAAAAGGAGAGGAAGGUAUCUGAGUUGCUCUACGAUGAGGACUUCCUCAAGAUGAUGAGCAGCAUCAGGGACUACGUGAUGGAGGAGGAGGGGAGCGGCGAGGAUGGCGAAGCUGACGAAGCUGACGAAGACGGUGGAGUAACCCGUCGGGCCAAGAAGCGAAGGAGAAACGGGGAGGCACCUGGAGGAGGCAUAGACGCGGAUGAGCUGGGGGAGGACGCCGCUUCCCCCAACGCCACCCCCUCCAAGAAGGCCGACGAAGUGCUGAUCGAGAAGUGCAUCGAGCUGAUCAUCCAAAUCGACACGGAGAUCCUAAACAUCCACAAGUACGUGAGGGACAUUUACUCGACGAAAUUCCCGGAGCUGGACUCCAUAGUGUAUACCCCCCUGGAGUACAUCAGCGUGGUGAGUAAAAUAAAAAACGAAAGCGAUUUGAAAAGCAUUGAUUUUUCGGACAUUUUGCCGAACACCACUGUUAUGGCUAUCACCGUCGCGUCUAGUAUGACCACAGGGAUAAACCUAUCUGACCACUCGCUGAAGAACUGCCUCUCCUUCUGCAAUGAAGCGCUGGAAUUAAACGAAAACAGACGAAUGAUUUUGCUGUACUUAGAGAGCAAGAUGUUUCUGCUCGCCCCCAACUUGACCAUGCUGCUAGGCAGUGCACUAACAGCUCGCCUGAUUAGCUCCGUGGGGUCUUUAAAAAAUCUCUCCAUCACAUCAUCUCAAAAUCUUAUAGUGGUAGGCAGCUCGAAGAAAUCCGUGCUUGGGCUCAGCAACGUGCGGAAGACCUUCGGCAUAGGAAUUCUAAGUACCUCCGAAAUUGUGCAGAGCGUCCCUGAUGCGUUUAAAAAGAAGGCAAUCAGUUUGCUAGCUGGCAAGUGUAGCCUAGCAUCCCGAGUGGACUACUUUAAGAAGUACUCCGAGGGACAAUACGGGUUGCUGCUGCGAGAGAACCUAAUAAACCAUUUGAUAAAAUUGCAAGAGCCACCUCCAAUGAAGCAGAAGAAAAUCCUACCCAUGCCGGAUGAAAAGAGGAAGCGAAAAAGAGGAGGCAAACGCUAUAGGAAGUUAAAAGAAAAAACGGAAAUCACAGAGUUGAGGAAGCAAAUUAAUAGGUUGCCAUUUGGGCCCGAGUCAAAUGAAGAUUUCUACACCUUCACCGAUCAAAAUGCAGCUUUGCUAAACUCAAAUAUUACCAAGUUGAAAUACCAGUCUAAGCAGAAGGUGAAUACUGUGGGCAGGAAAAAGAACCUCGCCGUGCACUCCAGCGGGGCAACUGGGGGGCUGUCGUCCUCCCUGAUCUUCACCCCCCUGCAGGGCAUCGAGCUCUUCAACCCCUCCGUCGCCAACCCCCGGGCCGACCCCCUCGAGAACAAGUACUUCUCCAGCAAGGCCCAGUUCCGCAAGGUGUAG